UGCGGAGAUACCUCCUGUAAGCGUUCAACUGGCAACCUGAAAGUUGAUGUGGAAAUUUAUUUUAGCAUAGAAAACACAACUGUUUCGUCGAUCAAAUAUGAAGAAGAAGUACUGACUGUAACAGAACUGAUGUAUGUAAUUGAAAAUGAGUUCUCUUCAGAGAACGUGACACUGGAUAGCGGAAACCAUACUACAGACUUUUUAGGAAUUUCAUCAAAUGGACUGGAGAUUAAAUGUCCCGAAAAUUCCAUUCCUGUGUAUUGUAAUACUAUAAGUUGUUUGCCUUGUCCAGCUGGAUCAUAUUAUGAUAGUGUAGUGAGUGAAUGCAUCAGGUGCAAAAGAGGAUCCUAUCAGCCAAAUUCUGGACAAAGAAGUUGUAUUUCAUGUCCCAAAAGGCUGAUAACAGCUAUAGAAGGGGCUAUUGAAUCAUCAGAAUGUGAAGAAGCCUGUGUUCCUGGAACAUGGUCUACAACUGGAUUACCACCUUGCAUUGAAUGUGAUAUCGGAUAUUAUGAAGAAACUUAUGGAUCUGUGAAUUGUUCAAAAUGUCCCGGUAACAAAAUUACCUUAAUGGAAAGUAGAAGUAAUGUGUCAGAAUGCUUUGAUUUUGACAUAGGGUUUCCUAAUAUGUCAGACGUUAGUUACACGGACCUUGAGAUUUCGACCGUAACUUUCCCUCUCUUGGUAACAUUGCAUGCAAAAUGCGACACGAAUUCCUCUGGAACUAUCUUCCGCGUAUCCUCAGACGUGGUUGUACUUUUAGAGAUUGAUGUAAAACAAGUAGUAUUUUACAAUAAAACAUUUCAGAUGCCAGUAGAUUUGUGUCAACGAUGGGUGUAUAUUGAGAUACAUGUAAAACAGAAUUUUACCAUUAUGUAUAUUGAUAGGAAAGAAAUAUUCAAAACAUUGAUCAACUUUGAUUUAAAUGAGAUCUCCGGCUUAAAUGUUACCUUAGGAGGGAGUGGUUUUAGUGGAUAUAUUUCACAGUUUAACAUAAGGUCGUUAACAGCUAACACAACAGAAGGUUACACGUUCCCCAUGUGCAAUAGUGAAGACAUAGAAGAUGGUUAUGUCAACUGGGAAGACUUUCCAUAUAGUAAUCUUGUCAAUGCCUUCAUUAAUAUUCCUGGCCAGUGUGAUGAUGUAGAUGAUUGUAUGAGUUAUCCUUGUGGAAACGGAACUUGUACGGACAAACUAGGAGGCUACAGAUGUACCUGUCUAGGGGGAUUUACUGGACCAAACUGUAAUGUUAAUAUCAAUGAUUGUAUCGCUUGUGCAUGUCAAAAUAACGCUACAUGUUUGGAUGGUAUUUCAGCCUACUCAUGUCUGUGCAUUAAUGGAUAUAAGGGAGAGCUUUGUGAAAUUGCUUUAGUUGAUGGUGGAUGGACUCAUUGGGAUAAUUGGACAGAAUGUUCUACAAGUUGUGGUUAUGGGACAAGACAAAGAGGCAGAUCUUGUUCUAAUCCUCUACCUGAUAAUGGGGGCCAAAAAUGUAAUGGAACUGAUACAGAAAUUGGGGACUGUCUUUCAGAACCAUGUCCAGAUACAAAAUGUACACGUUAAAUUUCACAGUCAUGCAAAAAGGAGCUGUGGAGUAUGAAUUAAUGGAAAUCCAACGAUAAAUAAUCUGAAAGACAUAUAUAUAUAUCACCAUACGGUGUUCAACACUAUAUGCUACAAAUAAUAUGCCAAGCUCUAAAUUAGUUAAGACAGGUGAAAAUAAGAGUGACUAUCAAGAUCUACCUUCAAGACCAAUUUCGCAAUUGGUUAACACAUAACGAUAUAAUCAACACGAAAACAACCACUGAAGACGUCUUGGACCUUGACUGGGCAUAAUUAUCCCUCCCCUAUGUAAUAGUAUUUUUUUCUGUUAGAAAAUAGGACAAAUUGUCAAUAUUCA